AUGGCUAAUUGGGGUGCCGGUGGUUUCAAUACUUCGGGAUAUUCUGGUCAAAAUGGUCAAAAUGCUAAUCAAGCCGCAGGAUAUCAACCCCCUACGGGAAUGCAAGGACCAUAUACCGGUGUUCAAUUCCAACAACCUGGUGGAGCAGGUUCUGUUACACUUGGAGCUAAUCUUCCCAGUGUCAAUCCAAAUAACUUCUCUGGGCCAAUACAUUAUGGACCAUCCGUCACUCGGCCGUACGGCUCAGGUUAG